AAUUAGCUUCGUUGGGCAUGCGCCAAGCCCGCAUGUUCCAUACGGGCGUUUCAACAUGGCGGGCGGGAAGGACAAGAAGAAAGGGAAGGGGAAAGGGGGCGGCAUGAGCCACAUUGCCUCCUCCCUGAUCCCUGUAACUGCCUUUGCCGCCGUCCCGCGCUCCCCUCCUCCGCCCAAGGAGCCGCCCAAACCUCCGUCCGCGCUCGCCACCGCUCUCCUCAACGCCAGCUUCACCGGGUCAAAGGUCGGGCUCCCGUACGCGGACGCCAGUCCUGAUGGCACGUUGAGGAGCACGUUCCGGCUGGACCAGAGCGGGCACAGCUUCCGCAGCAUGGACCGUGGGAGCCUGGAGGAUGAGAUGAGUGAUGUGGACAGUGAGAUGUACUCAGAUGAACUGGAGAUGGAGGAUGGGUAUGCCACUGUGCCGCCGGACAGGGACAACAGACUGGGGACCCUGUCUGACCGGGACAGGAUGCCCACGCCCCCCAGCACCCCGCCGGAGAGAGACACGGGUCCGGCUGCCGUUGCACCGCUGUACCACCAGCUGGACAGGGAGGCUGAACUCAGGGAACAAGGAGAUCCCUUGUACAGCAAGCCUAGGAAAGGUGGAAAGGGAAGAACAGACAUCCCAGUUCAGCCACAAGCCGGUGUUGACGAGUUCCUGAGUGAUGACAGUGAACUGACAGCUGUGAGCAGCCCGGCCAGCAGUAUGGCAUCUAAGACAAGGAAAGGGAAGGGGAGUAAGAAGGGCAGUAAGGGAAGCAAGAAGGUGGAUCCACAGAUGGCACAGAUGGUGGUUGCGGAUUUGCACACAGCCCCAAAGCAGGGACGACAACGCUCACGGAAAGUGUCGUCUCCAGAACUACCCGCCAAGGACAUGGGCCGGGGGACCUUCUUCACACAGCCUGAUGAGGAGGUUUCAGGGGGCUCUCUUCAGAAUCGCACUUCCUCUGAGGAAUUACUGAGCAACUAUACUGAAAAGUUGGAACGAAAGUUAGCGAACAGUGAUGAUCAGAACCAGCUGGAGCAGGCCCCGCCCCCGGGUCGGAGGUCAGCCCAGGCCCAGCGUCCCGGCAGCAGCACCCAGGAGCUCCGCAGACAGAACGAGCAGUUGCUACGGCAACAGCAGGAGAUCCAGGACAGGCUGGAGAACCAGCAGAGGGAGCAGAGGAAGUUCUUCGACAGACUUCAGACCAACGGGUCACAGAGACAGGACAUUUCCCAGAUGGAGAAUGCUGAGCUGAGGGAAACCCUGACCCAGCUGGAGGACCAGCUCCAUGCAGCCGAGCAGCACAACCAGAAACUACAGGUGGAGAAACAGGCUGUCAUGGAGGUCAACGACAAACUGCACGCUGAGAACCACUCCCUCAGGAACCUCUCCAAAUCACUGCAGGAACAGGCCCCAGAGGCAGGACAGUUGGCCCUUAUAAAGCAGCAGGCAGAGGAGGUUGUCCAUGAGAACGAUGCACUCAAGAGAACUGUUCACAGACUCAACGUAGAGCUGAGCAGAUAUCAGGCCAAGUACAGACCCCCCUCCCCACAAAGGGAAGAAGGGAAGGAUGCCAGAGGCUUGCCAACUAGAGGGCCCAUCCCACCCUGGCUGGUUGACACUAAGUACCUGUCCCCCCUGCUGCUGGCUUAUGAUGACAGGUUACAGGAGAGAGAUGCAGCCCUACACAGAUACGAGGAGGAGCUGAAUGACUUUAAGACCCGUGUUGAGGAGAUCCUGGCUGAGAACCAGGCCCUCCACAAACAGCUGCACGACUCUGACGCCUCCGUACCAGUCAACAUGGACGAGUGGUACCGGCUACAGGAGCAGGCCAGGUCAGUCCUGGAGGAGAACCAGGUCCUUCUACAGCAGCUGGAGGUACAACAGGAGAAGGGAGCAGACACACACAGGAGACACAUACAGGAGGUGUCCAAGUUGUCCAAGAGACUGAUGCAGGUGGAGUCGGAGAAGGGUGAGGCGGAGUCGCAGCUGUCGCAGCUGAAGGGCAAGUUCAACCAGCUGCGGCGCAGGUACGAGCACCUGGAGGAGGAGAGCCAGCAGCAGAUGCCCAUCCAGAGACACGCUGAGGAGGUGGCAGAGUUUAAGAACACACUCCAAGACAUGAGACACAAACAGGAAGGAGAUAUGGAAAAUGUUCUAUCUAGACUACAGUCCGUCCAGACAGAGAAGAAGAGCCUUGCCAUCCAGAACACUGACCUGCAGGCCAACAACAAACAGCUAGAGGGCGAGAUUCAGGCCUUGGGGAAAGCUCUGAGGAAAGCCCAACAGAAACUGGUGCUGAUGCAGAGGCAGGUGGAGUUUGCAGUGGCAAAGGAGGCCGACGCCCAACAUUACCUGUCCAGUGUGCUGAAAGUGGCUGAGCAAACGGUCCAUGAAAGGGACUCCUUAGCAAAAAUUGCUCAGGCCCAACAGGAGCAGGCCCAGAGAGCAGUUGACCAGGUGCUGCAGGAAAAAUUCACCAUGGGGAGACUAGAGGAGAGAAUGAAGCAAUACAAGUCCAAAACAACGGACAAGCUUGGUUCUGUACUAGACAGGUUACGUGAACAGACGGAUGAUUUUAACAGCCAGCGCCAGGAGUACCAGCGGGAAAUCCGACACCUUCAGCAGCUGCUACAGGACAAACAGGAUCAGGUGGACUCCAUCAUAGCUGACAAAAAGCGUCUGGACAGGCAGCUGGAGACGGUGUGGCAGACAGCCACAGCCGACAACAGAAGGAUGAGGGAAACUCUCAAGCCUUCAUCACGCAAGAAAAACAGAGACUUCGAGGCAGCUUUUGGAUCAGACUCAGAUCAUCACCUGUUGUCGUCUGAAAGUGACAGAUGAAACAGUUUCCCUCAAAUCUACAGCAACUUAGCAACUUUCCAGUUUUGGGACUAGAUCAAUUCUACUUACAGUUUUGCAGUUUUCACCAAAUAUUGGGGUUGUGGGCAGAAAAAAAGAAGAGAAACUGAAUGUACCUUGUCUCAGGAACUGUUUUGGUCUGUGGGAUGUAGUGUACUUAAUAGUAACAUUUAUGUUCAUUCCAAAGUGCUUCAAUAUGUCGUCAGUGUUUGGAAAUGUGUCGACUUCACUGUGCAAAUAGAACUGUGUUGAUGUCCAUUGCUAUAGAGUUGAAGUCUUGCCAACAUCAAUUAAAGUCACAUCUUUCAUAGUCUUGCCAGACAUUACAGCUAUAGCAAGUGGCAAAAAUAUGUGCCGGAAGUGCAAGCUCUAAAGACAUUUCCAUGACCAUAAUGAUGAAUAGAAACCAAUUCAGCUGCCAAAUGAAGCCAAAAUGGUAAAAUAUAAAGUCUCUUUGUAAUGAACUAUUAUAGUCAGUGAAUGUUUUCAAUCCUCAUUUUUAUUGAAAGUUUUGGAUUGUCAAUAUAUACCGGUAUUUAGAAUUGUAUCCCCUUUUAAGGACAAGAGUUUGUAUCUGUAGGCAGCUAUUAGAAUUGUAAAUGUAAGACAUUCCAAAAAAUUAACUCCUAAGACUUUUAAUUGAAAUCAAUCAAAUGAGUGGUAAAUGCAAUCAUUUAUUCAAGAUGAUGUAUUAUUAGUGUUCUUUCAAGUAUUGCAAGUCUAUUAUUUGAAGUAUAAAGUUGCAAUACAUCUUGUUCAUCCAAUUACUUCCUGAUAGACACCUGUAUGUCAAAGCACAUUUGUGUAUAUGAAAUUACAUGUAGUUUAGUUUGUAAGUCCUGAUGACAAUCUUGAUUGUCAAACCAAGUGAUUUUUUUUCACUGUGUGCAGGUUCACACUUGAUUAUUAGUAAAGCCACAUUUGUGAU